AUGGGCGACGUCGCCGCCUCAGCGUCCUACCAGCGGCUGGAGAGGCGAUGGCAGCCGUUCUAUCCCAGCAGCUCGAGGGAGUGCGACACCUGCUUCAACGAGUUGAUUUUCCAGGGGACGGCCACUGCCAGUAUCAUUCCAUAUCGGUCCAAGUUCGAGGGCGAGGAUACGGGUUUCAAGGCCACGUCCAGAUGCGCCAGCAGGCGCGACUCUGCUCAACAGCCGACAGUCUUGAUACCUCCCGGUUACGACGAGUCCAACCCGGCAGACCCCGUGUACCUGGAGCUAGACGAGCGCAGCAGAGGCCAUGAACACUAUUCCGCACUCCGGCUGGGCCCCGCAGGUCUCGCUUCCCGCAAGAGGGCGUACCGAGAGGACCCGGUCUUGCUCCGGCGGGAACGGGGGCGCGACGCUGCCCGCAAGAACACACAACGUGACGACCCAGUCUUGCUCCAGCGAGACCAGGAGCGUGACGUUGCCCGCAAGAAAACAGAACGCGACCAGAAACGACGUGCUCUUCCUGACCCUGCAGACGCCGUCGCAUUGCUGGACCGCCUCCACGAGGAAUCCGGGUAUCAGGUCUCCAGACACUCUCGGCGCCUCCGUGGCACGUCCGCGACCAUGCCUCCCGCAGACCUAGCGCAGCGGAUCGCUGACGACGUGCUUCAGUACUGCACUGUCACGGAGGAGGACAAGCUCAGACUUGUCUCGUCCUAUGCCGACGCGAUGCCCCACGACGCGCUCCUGCCGGGAUGCGGGACUUGCGGGAGCCGGGAUCCCCAGCACCCCGCCGAAGAGACGUGCACGUUGGAGCCUCUUCCUGCAGACCACUGGAUACGAUAUUCCGACGCCGACGUGCAGACGUUGAACAGUAUGCCAGUCGUCACGCUGGUGAACGAAGAUGGUGCCCAGCGCGUCGUCGAAACGUCUUUGCUGAAGAGCCACUGGCGGGACCCUCGAGGCAAUGUCUUCCACGUGCACCCAGAGCUAGUAGACAGUGAUGGCGAGGGUCAGCACUUCGUGUUCUUGUGCCCUGUAUGCUCUAGAGCAGCCGUCCAAAAGAGCGCGCCUCCACCGCCUUUCACGAUAGCUGCUGGCGUGGACUUUGGCCUCCUCUGUCGGCUCGGCAUGGAUGCCCCUUCCGAACUCGAGGCUCUCGCUCUGGCUGACGCUCGCGCGUGCAAUCUCGUGGCCACAGUUCACGUGCCGCGCAGCCGCGCAACGCAGGCGUCCCGUACGCUGCUCCGUGGCCACAUGAUCUCGUUCCUCCAAGACGGACCAGCUGUGUUGGGUAAGCACUUCGACGACGCUCGUUUGGCUAACCUCUUGGCCAACGUGCAGCUGGUGUUCGUUGGGCCCAACGGGAAGACAACGGACCUCGAGCGUCGGGCCCUGGCUGUGCCUGCGCUGCAGAUGCGCACACACGUCCUCUACAACCACCUUGCUGUGCGACAUGUCCUCGGGCACGUCUCCGACAUCAGCCUGCCGUCUGUCGAUGACCUGGGGAGCCUGCUCGCGUCCUUGCGAGCGCGGCUCGCUGCCAGGGCUCGGCACGUCGCCGACGACGCUGUUGAACAGGCCAGCAAGCCGUCUGACGUAGCGAACGUGAGAGACGUGGCAAUGCACGAGGACAUCCAGGCCGUGCACCUCCCCGCGCCUUCCACUGAAGAGCAGAGCCCCUCAGUCAGCCUUGAUCCAGUCGGCGUGCUCGCGCAAAAUACGGAUCCCGUCAGAGGUGCCAUCUUCGACGGUCUCAUGGACGUCCUAGAAGGAGGAUCUGAUGGGCACGGCGACGACGCGCCCAAGCAGCCGUCGGGCGGUGGCGACGCCGGACUUGAGAACGGAACCGACGACAUCCUGCGGGAGCGCACGUGCGCGCGGGAGUUGCGGCCCAUGAGCGAGUUCACAAAUAACGAUGACAUCCUGUACGGUGCAUUAUGGUACCUGUUCCCUCUGCGUCAGGGACUGCGUUCCAAAGGCUCCGUGAACUUCCACGAUUCUCGCCACCUGCUCACGCAGUUCCACAACGCUUUCGCACAGCAGCCAAGCUUCCUUUUCUUGCUUGCCAAUCAGAUUCAGAGACAUGCUGCCGCCAAGGGCGUCGGGCUGCGCGCCAAGACUGACCCGGAUAGUUUCCAAGCGUUCGCGAGCAUGAUGGCCGACAAGGACGCCUGCAUGGAGCGCGCGCGGGCUGCCAAAGAGGACCCGACAAGCAAAGGCGCACGAGAUCUCCUGAAGGAAGUCAUGCGUUUCACGGCAACCGCGGGCAAGGUGGCGCCGUGGAGCGGAGAAGAACGAGCCGGUGAGAUUACAAAGCUGUACGCCAUGUGGCGUCGGUUCGGCCCUGCCUCCGCCUUCCUCACUUGCGCUCCCGACGACGUCCACCAACCCGAGGCCAGGGGCCUCCGCGCGACGUGGCCGCCGGUCGCGGCGUCUCUCCGCCGGGAGCAGCGGGGGCCUUCUCUGAGGAGCAGUGGCGACGCGCAAGCCCGUGGGCUGGCUGCAGCGUCUCCACGCUCUGGGCGAUCGGGCCGCCGUUUGCCGUCGGCGGAGAUCACCCGCGAACCAGGCGCGCGGUCGCUAGCGCAGAAGCCCCUCUGCAAGGCCAUCCAGCUGAGCUACCGCGCUGGCCGGGCCGACGCAUUUCCCACUUGCCCAGCAACUCUACUUCCCGUCCUCCACGGACAUGCAAGCGAAGAAGCCGUCCAGAGAUUCUGCGAGAACUCCCUGGCGUGCGCGCCAGAUGCUUCGCACAAGUUCGCUUUGGACGAAUCCUUCCUGCAGGCGCUGGCAACCAUGAACCCAGUGGCCACCACCCUGGUGCACGAACAGAUGGCUGAGUCUAUCUUCACAGAGCUCGCGGGCCUGCCCCCCAAUCACCGGGGGAAGAAGACUGUUGACGCAGAGAGCGUUCCUAGGGGCUUCCUCGGCACACCUUUCGGCUGGAGCUUCGUGCACGAAACGAACCAGAGGAAGUCUUUCAAUUUCCACGCCUCCGUACACGCCGGCGCCUCCCCCGCGCUCUUGGCCGACGUGGCGGGCUUCCCGGCGUUGCAGGCAUUGGUGUGUCGGGCCUUGGACACCGUGUGCCGCGCCUACGUCUCCCCGGAGAUCCAUGCACUGGACCUUGCUCGUCGCCUCCUCCGCCAGCCCGCCGCGAAGUUACCGCACUUCCAGACGCGCAGCGUGGAGUGCGACGCGGAGAGCCUUUCCUUCGACAUCGGCGCUGCCAUCACGGCCGUCACGACUGGUCUACAUCAACACGCCAGCACGUGCCACAAAGGAGCAGCAGGGAAGGACGGCUGCCGAAUGGCCCGGCCAGCAGGCCACCCAGUGCCGGAGACGCGCGUGCUGGCUGUCAAGUUAGUCGAUGACUCUGCCGCGGACAGCCCCGAAGCCGAUGAAGGCGUUCUUGCUCAGAGAGCCUGCGCGAAUUGGGAGUGUGCCGAUUGCCGUGCAAAUUCAAAGUUCCAUGCUCGCCCUCCCGCGCAGCUGUCCGACAGCGACGCCGGUGCUUGUUUGUCCUAUGAGCUCUGCCGACCCCGCAUCACCGCUGACGGCGUCGCGUGCCGGACUCUGCGCCAAGUUCUGGGGCUCGCUGAAGCAGACGUUGACGCCAUGGCUGCCUCGGAGGCGAUCAACAUUGUUGCCGGCGUGCGCCGUGAGCUGGGCGACCUGCUCGCGCGUCGGGAGUUCCCCUCCGCUCUCGGCGAUCGCAUGGCAGAUUGUUCCGAGGAGGAGGCGUUCAAGCUUCUGCGAGCUUGGCGCGGCAUGACCUGCCGGAACGCUUGGCUGGUGGCAGCGGGAAUGUACAUGUGCAAGUACAUGGUGAAAGACGCCUACGAGCUGGCGGCCCCCCUCUCCGUCCUCGCAGACGCCCGAGACCACGUUGGCCGCUACCCUUCCAGUGCAGUCGACGCUGGCGCGGGGGACAGGGCGGCAAAGCACUUCUUGCAACGUGUGCUCAACUCGGCCGCCACGGAGCUCGCCCCCACACAAGCGGCGGCCAUCGCUCUCGGUACGACUUCCAGUGGCCACUCGCACAGCUUCGUGAACGCUUACGUUUGGGACGCCGUGCACCUGCUGCUGGAGAUCCGGCGCGGCGGCUGCCUACUGUCGACAGCGUCAGCCUCCCGAGUCGCCGACGAGGCCCCUGCCGCAUGCGUCUCAGCGGGAGGCGCGGAACAGGGCGGACGCGCUGAAGGGGGCGCCCCAGAUGUGGUCGACGCGGCCGAGCAGCUGGACGCCCCUGUCCGGCAGGGCACGCGCAGCAUCUACAAGACUGUCGACGGGGAGUCCAUCGCUGUUUCCCAGGCGGAGCACUACGCACACCGAUCCUUGCAGCUGCUGCCCCUCAGCUUUGACGAGUUCGCCAUGUCUAUGCAGGUUGCCAAGAAGGCGCGCAGAGACCAACGAGACCAGAAACCAGGGAGGCGCCCGAACCCCACCUACGAACUCCUGGAGCCGCACCCCCUGGCAGGGCAGUGCGAGAUCAAAGCCAAGGCAAAGUUUGACGUGCCCAUCUUUGUUGGGCAGCCGCCUCCGCGACUCCCGCCGCUGCUGACAGAUGCGAAGGGCGGGGCCACGGCUGCGCGGCAGCGGAAGGAGCGCUUGCACGCGGAGUACUUCACUGCCGUGUUUGCGCCUUGGCAUGCAAGCACUGCCACAGGAGUCGACUGCGCGCUUCACGGCUGGCAAACCUUCCUGGCCCGUCUCGAGGCCGAGGCCGCCGGGCGCCCACCCGCCGCGACUCGAAUGCGCGGGAAGACUCUUCCUGUGGAGGACGUCCAGAGUCGGAUUGCCCAGGGCCGUCUGUUUCGAAUCGAGCAAGUGGGAUGCGCACUCACUUCCAGCACAACUCAGGCGAAGGCCAUGAACGCAUGGCGGUGUCGCAACCGCACGCUGUGGAAGGAUGACCCCCUGGGCUCUGCUGCAGACGCGGCCGACGCCGGCCAGGGCGCGCCGUCCAAGAAGGCCGCGGAGGACAUCGCGGAUCUCAAGGCUCGCGCCGCUCGCAGGGCGGACAUUCACGCCCAGUCGCGGACGGGCCGCGUGAGCAUGAAGUUCCAGGAGAGUGGAGACCGGCUGGCUGCGGUGCUGCAGACGAUCAGCAAUCCCCGCUCAGUGGACGAGAUUCCCCAGGUGGCUUCACGGCGCGCCUCGGACCGCCCCGUCGUCGACGCUGACUCUGUCCCGCGGGCGUUCGCAGACGUCACCCAGCAGGAGUUUGCGACCGAGCGGCAGUUCGCCAGAGAUCACCUGGCCGUGCAGCAAUGCCUGGCGCGGGCGCGGGCGGUAGAAAUGUCGGAGGCGGCCGGCCUGUCGCAGAUGCAUCUGCUUCAAGGGGCCGGCGGCGUGGGCAAAAGCGUGCUCCUCGGAGCCAUGAAGACUGUCAUCGCCGAGCAGCAGCUGGGCGCCAUGGCUAUCGCUGCGUGGACCGGGGUCGCGUCCGCGCCCUUCGGGUCCCCAACGCUGCGCUCCCUCCUAAAGAUCGAUUUCGCCCGCUUGUCGAACGCGGCAUCCAUGACGGAUGACGCGAUACAGGCUCUUCGGGCGGAUUUCACUCAGGCUGCGUGCCGCCCGGAAGACUUGCUGGCCUUCCUCGUCGCCGAGGCCCUCAGUCACGUCGACGUGCAACUGCGACGUCUCGUGAACGAGCCGGACGCUCCUUUCGGCGGGAUUGCCGUGAUCCUCGUGGGCGACUUCUGGCAGAAGCCCCCGCCUGGCGGGAUCUCCAUGGCCGAGCAGCUCGCCGCGUCGGAGGUCCCCGAAUUGAUGCGCGGCCCCGCUCCGCUCGACCCGACCAGCUCGAAGGCCAAGGGCUUAGCGCUCUUCCGACAGGCUCGCAGAACGGUCCUCAGUCAGCAGAUGCGAGUCGCCGACGACCCCACCUGUCAGAGGGAGUUGCUGCAGCUACGAGAAACUAGCUGUCCGACGCCAGUCCCUUCAUCGUUGAUCAACCAUCUCAGGGAAGUUUCUCCCGAUGACGCGCGGUCCGAUCCGGCAUGGGCCUUCGCGACCAUUGCAGUGCUGUCCAACUACGAGCGGCAUCAGCUGAAUCGCUUGCAGGUGGAAGCCUUCGCGAAGGCCUUCCAGCUUCCGCUGAUCACUUGGAAGUGCCCCUUGACAGGCAAGGCUGCCGAGCUCCUUGACAGCGCCGACCUCGACGAGCUCUACGACAACGAGCCUGGGUUGUGGGGUUGCUUCGUCAGGGGCGCUCCCGCCAUGCUCACCGAGAAUAUACAGCCCACAAAGUUCCUGGUGAAUGGGGCAUGCGGGUACAUGCACUCCCUUACAUUGCAGGGAGACCUGGGGGGAGAUCUUGACAUAGGAGCCCCGCUGUGCAUCAAUUUCCAACUCUCUCUUCCAGACGGCGACGAUGGCGAGGGGAUCGAGAGCCCCGUGGACGACGCCGUCGUGGUGCCCAUUCUCUGCAGCAAGCAUCCGCAGGGGCAUGACACGACGUCCCUGUUCUCCUGCGUCAAGGCCGCGCCCAAGAACGCCCGGCAUCGCGGCCGCGCGAUCGCGCUCGCCUUUGCCGCGACAGACUACAAGCUGCAGGGGGAACCCAAGGACAACCUCAUCCUGAGCAUCGCGCCGCGGCCUUUUCCGCCACAUUUGGAUUUGAAGGGGUUGUGCGUCGACGUCUCCCGCGCGCGCAAGCGCAGCGGCCUGCGGGUGCUGCGUCUGCCACCGCAGAGGGUGGGCGGACUCAAGCACCUGUACAAGCUGCGCCACACCGGCGAACUGGCAGCCUGGAACGCAGGGCAUGACGCCGGCGGGAGUUGGAGUCGGUCGCUGGCGGACGCAGCGCUGAAAAAGCCAGCUGCGAAACCGACCAAGACCAGCCGCGCGUGUUUACGUGAACUGUCGCCGCUGUCCCCGCCUGCCGCCCCGGCCGCCUGGGCCGCUCCGAUGUCGGACCCGCUGGAGCAGAUCAACAACACCAACGCCGCUUCCAAAGUCCUCCAGGCCCGCGCGCUGUUUCCAGAGGGGCGGGAGAUCAAGGACAAGAACAUGGCCGUCUUCGCGUGCACCUUGGUUUCCAAAUCCGGGCUGCACACGCAGGGCGAGGCCAUCCUGUUCGGGCAGGAGCAGACGCGCGUCAAGACGCGGGAGGCGCUCGAGAAGAAGCACUCGAAUGGCACGGUGUUCGAGUUCUCCAAUAUGAAGAUGCAGAUUAAGAAGCCCCAGUUCCAGUCGUGCCCCCACGCGUUCACCCUGAACCUCGGGCACGAGACGCUCGCCGCGAAAAAAAUCACGGGCGCCGCUGCCACUGAGAUCCUCCCGGAGGCAGAGCCGCCGAUGACCGCCGUGAACUUGCUCGACCUGGAGACCGGCCAGCUGAUCGACGCCACGGCCGUCGCCACCAACAUCACGGGCCCUGCGGGGGCAAAGGAGGGCAAGACGUGCAUCACCGCGACUCUCUCGGACGCCUCCGGGAAUGAGAUCCCGCUCAAGUACUGGGAAGACACCCAUCACCUGGCGAGGGGCAUCGAGACCUUCAAGCCGCUGUAUAUCUAUGGCGUUUACCUCGUCGUGGAGGAGUCCGGGGGUCGCCACCUGACGGCGCGAAAGACAGCGCGCGUGCUCGCGGCGCCCGGCGCCCAGCCCAUCGCGAAGGAGCUCGGGGAGGCCGACUUGAAAGCUCUGCCGACCGAGAACAAGGAGAACCUGUCCAAGCGGGAGGGCGGUCGGAACUGGGAAGAGGGGCCAGCCUGCAGCGCCCAUGCGGGCAUUAUGGAGUGCGCCGCGCACUUCAAGCGACCGCUUGCCGAGACGCUCUUCGAGAUCGCUGGCGCCCUGAUCUCCCUGCGGAGCGGCGACGCGGAGCCUGCCCUCGAUGAAGGUCGACUGGUCCAGCAGGAAACCUCCUUCUCGGUCCGCCUGCAGCAGCUUCCCGCAGAACACCACAGGCACGUGACGCCACUCGCCGAAGUUGAAGAUACCUCGAACUCCCUGACGUAG